UUCAUGGCGCAAUCGACAACCCUUCAAGCCCUACACCAAAAUUGAAUUUCCUACUUUCAGUGGCGGAGAUCCACGAGGCUGGCUUUUGAAAGCCGAGAAGUACUUCAGGUGCUACCAAAUACCAGAUGAUGAACAAGUGGAGAUAGCUUCAAUGCAUUUAGAAGGGGACGCUUUAGAUCUCUAUUCAUGGUUAUCAGCAGACCGUCUGAUUACUUUCUGGGAGGAAUUGGUUCAAGCCUUUACAACCAAUUUUGGUCCUGCUGAGUUUCAAAACCCAGACGAGUUUCUUUGUAGUAUCAAACAGACGGGUUCGGUCCAAGAAUAUAGGCAAGAAUUCGCUAAAAGAUCUUUCCAUUGUUUCAAACUGGCCCGACCACUAGCUAAACCCUUGAGAAAAAAACCAUACUUCCUCCCCCUCAUCCUCUCUCUCCUCACCUCCUCUCUCCUCAUCCUCUUCUCUCUCUUCUUCACAAACCCUUUUCACUCCUUCCACCAUACCCAACCAAACACCCUCCAACAAACCCCUCUUUUCGUCGAAUCAAAGCUCCAAAUCACCCCACCAAACCCCGAUUCCACCGCACCCAAGCUCGCCUACCUCAUCUCCGGCUCCACUGGCGACGUUCAGUCCUUGAAACGGACGCUAAAGGCGUUGUAUCAUCCGGUUAACCAGUAUGUUGUGCAUUUGGACCUUGAGGCGCCACCUGAAGAAAGGUUGGAGCUUUUUGAGUUUGUGAAAAGUGAACCGGUGUUUAACGAAGUGAGUAAUGUAAGGAUUGUUGUUAGGUCGAAUCUGGUGACGUAUAGAGGGCCUACUAUGGUGACGAAUACGCUUCAUGCGAUGGCGAUUUUGUUGAAGGAGGGGGCUGAUUGGGACUGGUUUAUUAAUUUGAGUGCUUCUGAUUAUCCUUUGGUCACUCAAGAUGAUUUGCUUCAUACUUUGUCAACUGUUCCUCGGGAGCUAAAUUUUAUCGAGCACACCAGUGACAUUGGCUGGAAAGAGUACCAAAGAGCCAAACCCGUUAUAAUCGAUCCGGGGCUAUAUAGUAAUAAAAAAUCAGAUGUUUUCUGGGUCUCCCAGAAAAGGAGUGUUCCCACUGCUUACAAGCUCUUCACUGGUUCUGCGUGGAUGAUGCUUUCGCGAUCCUUUGUAGAAUAUUGUUUAUGGGGAUGGGAUAACCUACCAAGAAUCGUCCUCAUGUACUACGCUAAUUUUCUUUCAUCACCCGAAGGGUACUUUCACACAGUAAUAUGCAACGCCGAUGAGUUCAAAAAUACGACUGUAAAUCAUGACCUUCAUUUCAUUUCCUGGGAUAACCCCCCGAAACAACACCCCCAUUUUCUCUCCAUUGAUGAUUACGAAAGAAUGGUAGAAAGUCAUGCACCGUUCGCUAGAAAAUUUGGUGCAGAUAAGGAGUUACUCGACAAAAUUGACUCUGAACUUCUAGGGCGUGAACCUGAUGGUUUUGUGACAAGCAAUUGGUUAGACAAAAGUGAUGCAAACAAAACUAUAGCUGAAAGCAUAGUCAGGAACGCAACUGAACUGAAACCGGGACCUGGAGCCGAGAGGAUCAAGACCCUUAUCGGCGGUAUGCUAUCUGACAAAGAUUUUCACUUGAAGCAUUGUAUCUGAUUAUUUAGUACGCCUGUUUUCCUCCAUUUCUUGCGGGCCUCGGGCCGUGGUGAGAAUAAAGAUUGGAAGAAAACGAUCGGUCGCGUAUAACUUGUAAGUAAGCACCAACCAUGAAGGAGGUGUGUUUUACUGAUGUAAUUUGUCCAAGAUUAAGUUUUUCUUGGAAUAUAUUUACUAUAAAGAUAUGAGAUCUAUAUUAUAUAAAUGAUGCCAAGUUUAUAUUUUGUAAUGAAAUCCUGGAACAGGGUAUUAAAGUUGUAGCAAUGCCAGUGUUGGUGGAUGAUGUUUUCAUUAUAAACCAUACAUAUGUCUGUAUGAGUACAAUCUGCAAUUCUUAGUUCUCACGA